CAAUAGAGAUAUCUCUCAUUUCCUUAUUCACUCAUCACUCCUCCCUUCCUUCCUUCAUUCUCACAACGCUUUAGAUUUUCUUGAACCCAAAAAGACCAAAAAAAAAAAAAAAUUAUGGAAAGCAGUUGCAUAGAGGAGAGCACUAGUGAUUCAGCUUCAGCUACACCCUCUGUGUCACCGGCGACGAAUUUAACUUCACCGCCACCGGAGAAUCUAUGCCGAGUCGGAAGUGGAUCAAGCGUAGUCCUCGACUCAGAGGCGGAAUCACGAAAGCUCCCUUCCUCCCAAUACAAAGGAGUAGUUCCUCAACCCAACGGUCGCUGGGGAGCUCAGAUUUACGAGAAACACCAACGAGUUUGGCUUGGAACCUUCAACGAAGAAAAAGAAGCCGCUAAAGCCUACGAUAUCGCCGCCCAAAGGUUCCGCGGCCGUGAUGCUGUUACAAACUUCAAACCCUUAUCGGAUAACGAACAAGACGACAUACAAUCACUCUUCUUGAAUUCACAUUCUAAGUCCGAAAUCGUCGAUAUGUUACGUAAGCACACCUACAACGACGAACUCCUCCAGAGCCAACGUAAUUACGGUGGCGGUGGCGGUGGCGGUGGCUCCGAUGAGAGAAACAAGAGAGAAGAAUUAUCGGCUGCGAAAGCCCGAGAGCAGCUCUUCGAUAAGGCAGUGACGCCGAGCGAUGUCGGAAAGCUGAACAGGUUGGUGAUACCAAAGCAACACGCAGAGAAGCACUUCCCUCUACAAAUAGGUAAUAAUUCAAAAGGUGUUUUAUUGAAUUUUGAAGAUAAUGGAGGGAAGGUGUGGAGGUUUAGGUAUUCAUAUUGGAAUAGUAGUCAAAGCUAUGUGUUGACCAAAGGUUGGAGUAGGUUUGUGAAGGAGAAGAACUUGAAGGCUGGUGAUAUCGUUAGUUUCCAGAGAUCUACUGGAGAUGAGAAGCAGCUUUACAUUGAUUGGAAGGCAAGGAUGAUGAGUACUGGGUAUGGUCUUGGGUCAUUACAAAUGGUUCAACCGGUUAUAUCCGUCCAUCCGGUUCAGGUUGUUAGGCUUUUUGGAGUCAACCUAUUCAAGACACCUACGGUCAACAGUGUUGUCGGUAGCAGUAGUAGUUGGAGUGGUAAGAGGGUGAGAGAGAUGGACUUCUCAUCAUCUUUAGACUUGGAUUGCUGCAAGAAGCAUCAUGUUGUGGGAGCUUUGUAACAUUUUCUUUACUUUUUUUUUUUUUUUUCACAUAGUAAUGUUGGUGCGCCCAAAGUUAAUUUCUAGAUUUUUUUUUUUUUUGGAAAGUUGAUGUGUAUAAUAUUAUCCUAGAGGAAGCCGAAAAUGUUGAAAUUAGAUCCAAUGGAUA